AUGGUGUCGGCACGUCCACCGGUGCCGUCGAUAGGACUGCUCCGGUUCCUGCGCUCUCAGUCCGAGAACCUGAGCUUCUUCAGCCCGAACCAGGCACACUGCCUCAACCAGGCAGCCUCGCGCAGAGCCCUUUGUCCGGCCAGGAGACAGCUCAACACGGCCACACGGGUCAGCGUUGACUCUCAUCCCGACACGCAGCAGCUGCAAUCCUCUGUGCUCGACAUUCAGCGACUCUUCACGGCGCGUUCUGCUGCCAAGGACUCGAGAUCGCUCCGAAACAGGCGCCCUGCCACGUUUUUGCCCGCCGCUGGAGGAGCGCGAUACAACUCCUCCAAUGACUCUUGUACGCCAACACUGAAAGAGAGGCUGUGGGGCCCGAGGACGAGGAAGCUGCCGAACGCGCUGAAGCCCGACGACCUGCCCGAGCACAACGAGGAUGGCGAUACCAACUCCAUGUUCAAUACGAGGAGACAGCGCGCGCAGCAGGCCGCGCUCGAGCCGCGACUGCGCUGUACCGAGGUGGACGAGAAUGGAAAUGCUAUAUUGGUCGACGGCGAGUUCAAGAAGACGGAGCUAAUUGCCAGAUUUGGGCUCCAACCUCGUGAUCUCCGAAAGAUUGAUUCGUCCAAUCUUCCUCACAUUCUAGUCCGCGAACGCGCCAUUCUGCUCAACCUGCUGCAUCUGAGGGUUCUCAUCAACCACAACAGAGUUCUGCUCUUUGAUGUGUACGGUUCUCGAAGCUCCCAUGCGCAAUCCUCGUUCAUGUAUGAGCUGCAACACCGGCUCAAGCAGCAGACAGUCGGAAGUGGACCGGCUGUUCCUUAUGAGUUCCGCGCUCUUGAAGUGGUCCUUCAGUCUGUGACACAGGAGCUCGAGGCAGAUUUUGAAACCGUCCGCAACCCCGUGAUCCGCAUUCUCAGUGAGCUGGAAGACGAUAUCGACCGCCACAAACUACGCAUUCUCCUGGUCCUCUCAAAGAGAGUCAAUACCUUUGAGCAGAAGGCUCGCCUGGUGCGCAGUGCCAUCGAGGAUCUCCUCGAGGCUGACGAUGAUCUGGCCUCAAUGUAUCUGACUGAAAAAACUCAUGACAUUACCCGGGCUCCGGAUGAUCAUACCGAGGUGGAGAUGUUGCUCGAGUCUUACCACAAGUUUUGCGACGAAGUUGUCGAGGAAGCUGGAAACUUGGUCUCGGGUAUUCGAAACACUGAGGAAAUUCUUCGGGCGAUUCUGGACGCCAACCGAAAUGCCCUCAUGCUCUUGGAUCUGAAAUUCAGUAUCGGCACUCUAGGUCUUGCCAUGGGUACCUUCAUUGCCGGUUUGUAUGGUGCGAACCUCGAGAACUUUAUUGAAGAGACCAAUUGGGGCUUUGGUGCCGUGACCGGAGUUUCCAUCAUCUUGUCCAUCUGGGUCUGUAUCUACGGCUUGAAGAAACUACACCGGGUCCAGCGAGUCAAGAUGCAGAGUGAUGAAAAGGUCAACCUGGAAAAGGGAUACUCGUGGUUCCAGGACGAAGGCCACGCCGGACUUCUCGAUCCCCGCAGCCGUGAAAAGCUCCGCCGCAUCAACCAGAUGAAGCUGAACACCGUCACCAAGAAGAGAUGGUGGGAGAUAUAA